GUGCAUCCACCGCCUGCACAUCAGUUGGCUGUCUCGCCAAGUCAGACGGCUUGAGCGGAAGGUUGGCCAGCUGAACCUUGAUCUAGCGGAGAGGGAGCUGUGUGUCAAGCGGAUGAGCGGCAGUGCCUUCGUGACCUUCCAGGAGCGCAAGUACAAAGCGACUCUGCUCGAGGACAAAGAAUCAUGCUGGAAGUUUCACUCGUACGCCUACUUCAAUUUCGGCCAGCCUCCCUUUGCCUCUGUGACGCUGAGAUGUCGCCGGGCGCCGCAUCCGACAGACGUCCAGUGGGAGAACUUACAUAUCCGCUACCCCACAAGGGUACUGCGGUUCGUUGGCGCCGGUUUGUUGCUUCUGGCGUUCAUGUUGGUUAUCGUCACACCGGUGUCUGUGUCUUCAGAGCUCAACACCAUCAUCCCGGAACUUCGGAAGGGCUCGCACGUCAUCCGACACGCAGUGGAGCAACGCCUUGGCGUCUCCCUUCCGGACAAAAGGGGCAUCUGGCGCUGGAUGUCCUUGCAGCUACCGACCAUGAUUCUCCUGUUGAUCAACUCUUUGCUCCUGCCGUGGGUCAUUGGCGAGAUUUGUCGCUUCACUCGGAGCCACACUCUUUCUAAGGUGGAAGUCAACCAGUUGCUGAUGAACUACGUGUUCCUAGUCCUCAAUCAGCUGUUCAUCCCUUUGCUGGGCCUCACCGGCAUCCCUGCUCUCCUGGAGUUUUUGCAGUUAAAGCUGGCAGAUUCAAUACAGGACGUUUCAGUUCUGCAGCUGCUGGAUGGAAGCAUGUUCAGUUCACCUGGCCUGUUUUACGUGCGGUACUUGCUAAACUGCACUUUCCUGACCAACACUAACAGCUUGCUGAAUCUUACCCAGCUUACUGUGCGGUGGCUGCUUGCGCAACCGGAGCCGUGGAUCUUUGCCUGGGGAUACUGGUACGCCUUCACCUUGGCAAUUCUGACGACUGCCACGUUGAAGCAUUGGCUUGAUGUGUUCGACGCCAGCAAGACCCAGAUGCCCAAGCUGUCAUAUGCAGGGGAUUGCGGCCUCAGCGAUGUGCAUCUCUUUGCUGUGUGGCUGCUGCCUGAUAUGAAGGUCUCAUCUGAUGAGGAGAUGCCGCAAGUUCCCUUUCAAGCUCCGCUUCCGUUGCACUCAAAACAGGCUCAGGAAGACGACACCGAUGAUGAGACCGGGGACAGCAUGAGUUGUGAAGAUGACGAAGUUGGUGGCAACCUCCGGCCCUUGCUUACAGGAACCUGCGUGAACUGCGGCAGCGAGGAGGCUACAAAGCGGUGCUCCCGUUGCCAGGCGGCCUGGUUUUGUGAUCAGGACUGCCAGGCCGCCGCUUGGAAAAGUCAUGCGAUCUCCUGUUUUCCACGAAGUGAGACAGAAGCUUGGUGGGGAAAGCUUGCUUCAGGCCCUGAACUUGCCCGUGAUGCCGCCAGCUUGCAUCAGGAACGACUUGAAGUCCGACGUGCUGUCGCUGCCACGUACCAGAGGAAGAAGGCCGCUCAGGAAGCCGCCAAGGCAGCCGCCGCGGCGCGAGCACGUGAAGGUCAAGUGAAGGGGGAUGGCUGCAAGGGAGGCAAGGGCCAGGAGAAAGAAGAGACUUGUGCGGUUUGUCAAUGCGAGUUCACAGUGAGUGGUGAUUCUGGAGAGGGAAUUUGCUGCCCGUCCUCUCAUUUUCUGUGCAGUGAAUGCACAGGUGUGUAUGUGCAUUCUGUCAUGAACGAUUUGGAGGCUUCCUAUCCGCCCAAGUGCUCCAUGUGCCGCGCAGAGCUUCCUUUACAAUCCUUUGAGCGGCAGCUCAGCCAACGGCAGCAGCAACACCUUGCUGAGUUUGUGGCCCAAAGAUCCUUGUGUGAAAACGAGACCAUGCUGCGGUGCCCCUGUGGCUACAUGGAAGUACGUGUUGACAAGCCUGUUCUCUGGUGGUGUCCGAUGUGCAAGCGUGGGGAAUGCCAAGUUUGCAACCAGUCACUGCCGUCCGCCUGUGAACAAGCGGAUUUGGGCGCCCUUAGCCGUCAAACAGAAGAGGAGAAGCGUGCGAUGGACAUCUUACUACGACCGCACGUGCUGGGCUGCAGCCGCCUACGCGAUGCGAAGCGGAAAGUUGAUCAGGCCUUGGAAGCGGGUCAGAAGAUGCCGUGUCCGGGUUGCGGCCUGGCAGGGCGUAAGGAUGAGGCUUGCACCCACAUGAGCUGUCCCAGAUGCCACACCUCCUGGUGCUACCUAUGUGGCCUGUCUGCCGAGGAUUGCGACAAGAAGCCGCCAAGACCUGGCCAGCCAAACAACGACAUCUUUCUUCACAACGCUGACUGGGAGGUCAAUCCGCUGCGCUGCCCCAUGUAUCUGACCCAAAUUCUGGACGUGGACCCGGCUUGGCUAGGUGAGAACUGGGAGGAGGGGGACGAGGUGGACGAUGAAAAGUGCCUUGCAUACUUCCACCGCUGGCGAACAAUCAAGUUGCUGCAAGAAGUCCGAGAUGAGGUUGGACAUGAGACGUUUCAGCAAAUCUGGAUACACUUUGGCAGUAUCCGGAGUGCAGGGUUCAGUCUCGAAGAAAUUGUACAAACAGACACAAGUGUCCUGAUUGACCGUGACCCGUUUGAAGAUGAUUCUGAGGAAUCAGGGGUAGCCUCUCACCCCAAUGACGAGGGUGAUUCUGAGGAGUCAGAGACUGACUCUGAGGAGGGUUCUGUUGACAUGCGAGACUGA